GACCAAAAAUAAAACAACGGAUACCAGCUGAUCCUAGGAAUCAAGCAUGGAGUAAUGACAAAACGAAGUAUGGUUAUAAAAUGCUAUCAAAGAUGGGUUGGUCACCUGGUAAAGGGCUUGGGAUGAAUGAGAAUGGAUCACAGGAAUGUAUCAAGCUUUCUAAUAAAUUAGAUAAUCUCGGAAUUGGUGCCUCCAAGAAAACAAUUGACAAUUGGUUAGAUAACUCGAAUGCAUUCAAUGAAUUAUUAAAAGGAUUAAACCAACAAACUCAAGACAAUGUUGAUAAUAUCGCAGAAAAUAUUUCGGAAAUCACAAAUGAGUCGAAAAUCACAAAUGAGUCAAAUUGCAAUAAUGUCAAUUCAGAAUGUACUUCUAUACGUCUCGCUCAUCGUGCAAAAUAUCUUAAAAGUAAAAAGGCUGCUGUACAAGAUUCUGAACGAUUGAAGGAAAUUUUGGGCGUAAAAACUAAGUCUAAUGUCACGAAGAUCGAAUCCAUUUAUGAUUUUAAGAAUAGUUUCAACCAAGACGACUCUGAAAGUGUUGUAAACAAUCCAAAUAAUUCCAAUAAAAAUGAAAAAGAUCAUUUCUCCGAUGUUAAUUGUUUUCAAACAAUAGUUAAUAAAUUAAACACACAAGACUACUUUUCAUUAAAGGCAAAAAAGAAGAACCUGAUAGAAACAAAAUACUUUGAAAAUGAAAGCGAUGAUGAACGGCCUUGCUUUAACAUGGACGAUUUAAAUUUAGACAAUAAAAGUUCUAUUUACACCAAAGAAGGCAAAGAACGAAAACCCGGUGUCAAUCUUAAUUGUGAUUCUGGAUCUAACAAUUAUUGCAAAUCAACAGUGAAUUCUCUCGAGGUUAAAAGGAAGAGGAAAAGUAAAGAACAUACGGUGUCACGUAAAUUAAAGAAAAAAAAAUCAUUACGAAAAUAG